CUAAUCAUUCUGUUACACUCUGCUGUCUGUUCUUGUUUAGAUAAAAAUGAGCAAACUGUAAUUUUAAAAAAAUAAUAAUUAAAAUAUAUAUAUAUAGUACCCUGCUUUUGUGAUAUAUUAUACUUCCGGUCGCAGAGGGGUUUGUUUACUAAAAUGGCGGGUAUCAGAACUUGCACUCUGGACUGUUUCCCUGAAAAUAUAUUAAUUGAAAUUUUAUCCUACUUAAAUGUCCGAGAGCUCAUUCGCAAUGGAAGAGUAUGUAAGCGUUGGAGAGCUUUAAUAAAAGACCAGAGGCUCUGGAGAACUGUGGACCUUUCCACAUGGAAACGGGUGAGCUCACGGGUGCUGUGGACGUUAUUGCGACAGUAUCUGGGACGUGGUCUAUGUUCUCUACACCUGCGCGGGUUGCUGCAUAGUGCACGCGGAGGGUCGUUCCUCUCUGAGCCGUGGCUGCAGACUCUGAGCUCAAAAUGCCCUCGACUCCGCAGACUCACUCUUACUCACACGGACCUGCGUGGCCUGCACAGCUGCUCCUUAUUACCUCCUAGCUUACAGGUGCUAGAACUGCGCAGCUGCGAACUCCCCCCCGGCUUUUUUACCCAGAAUCCCUCGAAGCCGGUGCAAACUGACCAGAAUGGCUCAGGCAAAGAAUCUCAGACCUCUUCCUGUAGUUGUGUUAUCGAAGCACUAAUUCUGGACAACGUGCCAUCAUUCACGGACCAGCACCUAAAGAGUCUGAGCUUGUGGGAGCGCCUGCGGCGUCUGGAGCUUCGCGACGUGUUGCGUGUGACAGUGGCAGGACUGAAGGGCUGCGCUCCACCUGGCCCACAUGCGCUAAAACACCUCACACACCUGGAGCUGGAGGGGUUCAGCCGGCAGCAGAUGGCAGCGCUGGGCCUGGCAGAGGGUUGGGCAGGGCUGGAACGGCUAACACUCGGCGGGCGAGAGGUUGCACCUGGUCUGCUCUGCCUCAACCGCCUGGUCGGGCUGCACUGGCUGCGCCUACGUGGCUGCAGACUCACGGAGACAUUGGUGCUGCGCAGCUGUGGUGCGCUGAAGGAGCUGCGCAUGCUAGAGUUCCUGCAGGUGGAGUUUGCAAUAGAGGCAGAGAGAAAAGACAGCAAGAGGGAUGAAAAGAGUGAAAAUGACCCCAUGCCUGGGCUCAGACAAGCAUUGUCCAACUUGCUGCCCAAGUGCAGCGUGCUGUUCACGCAGUGUACCGUUAUACUUGGUGCGGACUGACACGUGGGGAUGGGCGAUAUGAUAAUGACUGUUACUGUAACCAUGACAAGCUAGAAGAUAUGUUUUUUAAAGUAGCAUCAGUAUGUUUAGACCAGUGACCACCUUGCAAAAUUCAUGCAGUGGAUUUCGGUCGAUCAGAGAAAGCCUAUUAACAAACAACGUUAUACACUCAAAUCUGCCUAGCAACAAGUAGUGGACGCUAGACGUAUUUAGACCAAUCACAGAAAGCCCACUAACAACCAGUGCCGUUAUACACUCAAAUCUGCCUAGCAACAAGUAGCCAAUUGGAUGCUAGCAACUUAGACAUUAUUUUAUAUAUUUUGGAGCAAUCUUUUGCUUUUAGUUAGCAAUAAGUUUUCUUAGAAAAGAGUAUUUUGGUGACUGUUGAAUGAAUUGUCCAUAGGUUUUUCUACAUUACACUGCUGCUUUCUUGUGUGUUGUGUCUCUUCCAACUUGUAAGGCAAACCUCAGAAGAAACAAAAUACCGAUACUACGUGAAAAUGAAACUGUACUGUAAUAAAAGUGAUAGUUUGGCCACAAAUGAAAUGUACACAGUCUUCUGUUUGUUUUAGUUUGGAACUGAUAUACAUAUAUUUAAAAAAUAUAUAUGUGUAAUGAUUCGGUUUUAAACUGAAUCCCAGCUCAGUUUUAAGCUUCAUAUGUUUACAUCAUACAAAGAGUUGUGUAUAAAAUCAUGCCAAUUUGUUUUUAAAUGAAUUAAUGAUUUUUAAUUAUUGUACUGACUUAAGAAUAAAGUGAUGGAGUAGGAACAGCAUGUGUGUGAUCUUGGGACGGUUACAUUUACAGGAAAGAACCUUCCAUCGAAUGAAUAGUUUUUGUGUCAAAUGUUCAUUGCAUUGUCAGUAAUGGGUUCCUGCUCUAACUACUUACGGUGUGUGGGGGAAAAAUGCAGUAAUCGUUGUCUUGUUUCAGAGCACAACACAGCAAUUCAAAAUGUCUACUUUAAAAAAUGUUUUAAAAUGAAAACUAUGACUUAAAAUGAAAACUAAUGGCAGUUUAAGUGCUGUGCCAUAUUGCCACUUUCCUGCCUGUGAUAAUACUCAAGAUACUCAAGCCUUCUGCUAGUGACCAAGUCUUUAACAUGGAAGUUCUCUUUCAUAUGUUCACGAUCUCUCCACUCAAUUUUUUAGAGAUUUUUUUAAUCAUUUAACUUGAUUUACAGCAACUCUGUUAUGGU